AUGCGAGUGAGGUGGGUCAGAAGGCAAAGCUUUCGAGUGCCAAGGCUGCCUUGCAGUCCCUCAACAGCUCACUGCGUGGCCAGGUUGAGCAAGCGCGGCGAGAGCUUGAGCAACUGGAGAAGGCCAGGCAGGCAGGCCCGGUGCCGCAGACCUGA